CUCACGAACUGGUCCACAUCUCUGAUGUCCUCCAUGCUAAAAGCGCAGCACUCGUGUAGGAAACGGCCAUAGCCCUGCCAAAGCGCCAGUCUGUACAGCUGAGGAAAAGGGUUACACGACACCUGCUAGAAGGUGCAUCUGCAAAGGGGGAACUGUGGGUGACUGAUGGCCGGGAUCGUGUGGAACAGAAGAGAAACCCUCUGAAUUUUAUUUAUUAACAAAAAAACUAACAGUUAAUACCCACCUUAAUUUCAGAGAGAAAAUCAGCAAUUUGCAACAACUGCUUUUCGUAGUAAUAUGCAGGAAGACGGACUUUAUACUUGUUCCAUAUUUCAAAAAGCUUUUUUGACCUACAAACGCAUAAAAGGUCAAAAUGAACACGACCAUUCAUGUUGCUGAAAUUGUAGGAGAUGGCUUCUGGAACUGCACUUAUUUAUGAUGAAGAAAUGACUCGCUACAAACUUCUUUGGGUGGAUCCGAUAUGUAAGAUUGAGGUUCCGGAGCGACUGGUGGUGAGCUAUGCAGCGCUGCAGAAAGCGGGUUUAACUCAGCGCUGCGUCGCGCUGCCCGUCCGCGAAGCCACGGAUGAAGAUAUUCUUCUGGCACACAGCACUGAAUACCUGGAGGCUGUGAAGAAAACUCCUUACAUGACCUUGGAGGAGCUGAUGACUUUCGCUGUGCCAUAUGGAGAUGUUUACUUCCAUCCAAACAUCUACCACUGUGCUAAGCUGGCUAUUGGUGCCACCCUAAAUCUGGUGGAUGCCGUAAUGACCGGGAAGGUGAGGAAUGGCAUAGCUUUAGUCAGACCUCCAGGGCAUCACAGUCAGCGUAGUACUGCAAAUGGCUUCUGCAUAUUCAACAACGUGGCCAUCGGCACCCUCUAUGCCAAGAAGAAAUACAAUGUCCGCAGGGUGCUCAUAGUGGACUGGGAUAUACAUCAUGGACAAGGUCUACAGUACUGCUUUGAGGAAGACCCGGAUGUGCUCUACUUCUCCUGGCACCGCUACGAGCAUCAGAAGUUCUGGCCGAACUUACGAGAGUCUGACUAUGACAGUGUGGGCAAGGGCAGAGGGGCCGGCUUCAACAUUAACCUGCCGUGGAAUAAGGUUGGAAUGGACAGCAAUGAUUACCUCUCUGUGUUCUUUCAUGUUCUUCUCCCUGUGGCCUAUGAGUUUAACCCAGAAUUGGUCAUGCUGUCUGCGGGGUUUGAUUCUGCCAUUGGGGACCCAGAGGGUGAAAUGUGCGCCACGCCUGAGAUCUUUGGCCACCUCACUCACCUGCUGAUGUCACUGGCUGGGGGACGGCUCUGUGCCGUCUUGGAGGGUGGCUACAACCUGACGUCUCUUCCCCAGUCGGUGUGUCAGACUGUACAAACUCUACUGGGAGACCCCGUCUCUCGCAUUUCGGGGCUGAGCAGCCCCUCUAAGAGUGCUCUGGAAUCUAUUCAGUCUGUCCGAAGUGUACAUCAGCAGUACUGGGCCUGUUUCAAACAUGUGGUGUUGAUCUCCAUAGCUGCUAAGCCAGGUUAUGAGCCUCACACCAAGCACUCUAAGCUAGAAGCUGGACAGGAUGGCCUGCAGCCAGGGGAGGAGACCAAGGAGAUUUCAUGGCCAGAGCCUCUGCUCCGGCUUCCCCCCCCAACUCGGACUGCAGUUGCGCUGCCUGCUGGCCUGGAGGACUCUGUUCCUGAGAGCUGCAAGCGUGUGACUGAGACCUUGCUGACACCAGAAGAGGCUGCUGAAAAACUCGGGAAUUUGAACAUCCAAGACCUGAAGAACAAGGAUCUUCUACAGUCUCUGGGAAACGUGCAGUCUCUUGUGGAUAAAAUUGAGAAAAAACAGGUGCGUAAUGGCCUGCUUUUGGUGCCCGACCUCCGCAAGACCCUGGCCUUUGCCGUCCAGCAUGCCCUAAUCUCUCUCACGGACAGAGUGCUGUUGGUUUUCCUGGGGAACGAGGCACCAGUGGAGGUCCGGGUGGAUGGUAAACUCAUGUUGGUACAGUUCUGCAGUACAGAGCCUCAUGAGCCCAAGUCCAAACAUCAUAUUCCUGUGAUGAUGAAGGGCUUCGGUGACGUUCCAGGGUUCCUUCAUGCAGUGCUGACCCUCCUGCUACCUCUGGCUUAUGGGUAUGACCCUGGUCUGAUACUGGUGGCCAUGGGCAAAGGCAGCGGAAUGGGGGUGGCAGCCUGGACCCAGCUGACCAGCCUGCUGCAGGGACUUGCCGAAGGACAAAUGCUGGUGCUCAUGCAGCAGGGGGAUGAGGAGGAGACCAUAAGGACUACAGCUGCCUCUUUGCUCGGGGAGCCGGCCCAGUCCCUGGGGACCCUGGGGGACCCUCUCCCAGAAAGCAUGGAUGCAGUUGAGAAACUGAGACUGAAGCUGGAGACACAGUGGGGCCUGUUACAGACGAGAGGUCAAAACCUCCCGAGGGAACCUGAGUGCCUUGAACAGCGGAAGGAGGAAGUGGACCCCUGAAGAACUGAAAACGGUCCUCUUCAUCUAUAGAGCACAGCCCCGUGUUCACCAUGGAAAAAGAGGAUGCAAGUCAAUGGAUGACUGUAUUUACAGAGUAAAGCCCAAUCUUUAUGUCCCACAAGAGGCUUACUAAAAUUUAUUGAGGAAUCCGAAGCAGGUGUAGUGGACGUUAGCGGACAUGUUUUACCAUGUGUGCAGCAUGUGGCAAGAACCGAUUGUGUUGCCAUUAAAUACGGUUAAUUAGACGUGUGUGAUACUGUAUCUUAUGUUAUGCAGUGUCUUUGGCCUCCCCCAUAAUAAUCAAAGUAUAAUCAAUAAUCAAGUCAACAUUGACAUAUGGGACAAAACCGGACGCAAAAGUUCACCACUUUAGUCAAGUCUGCACGCACGUAUUUACAUGUAUGUAAGCUUUAUUUCUUUGGGAAUAGUCUGUAGGGUUUGCAAACUGCCACAAGCCUCUUGAUUUAGCUAGUUUUAGUUUUAUAUUGAAAUAAAAUAGAUUUGCAGUAAGAGUUUUUGCAUGAGUGAGAGUCUGAGAGAGUGAGUGUCACCAGAUGUCUGAGAGUUGGCAACCCUGUGAUGGGUUUCUUUAUUUAACCAAAGGAAUUUAUGUGCCUUAUUAAUACAGAUUCAUGCUCACUGGUUGCCACGAUUCCUCUUAACUUUGUGCCAAAGGUUAUUUGAUAAUAAAAUCACUGCUCAGUU